AAUGUUAAUUCCUACAUCAUCUGGACAUACUUCAUUAGCAAACAAUGCAAACAUACUCUAUGAAUGCAUUAUAGAGAGACAUCAUUUUUUCUUGAAUAGAAAAUAUUACUUACAAUUAACAAAUUAGUGUCUCACUCUAAGUUAAGUAAUUAAAUUUAGUAAUUAUAUAUAGAAACAAGACCAGUAGAAUCCAAAAUAUAUCUAUUAAUUAAAGAUUGACAAAGUAUUCACUUGGUCUCUUUAAAACAAUUAAAUUGUUGGAUUUUAGCUUCCAUAUUAAGAUAAAAUUAAAGACUUUUUUGGAAAUCCUAAUGAUAUGGUGAACCUUAAAUCAAAGAUGGGUGCUUUGGUGUGUUAUUAAAAAAUUGAAAUGUUUUACAAAAAGGAAGAAAUCCUUUAAACUGGUUCUUUUGGAAAGGUUUUUAUAUCAAAAUAUUAUAAAGGUCACAAAGGAAAUAUGUAGAUUUACAUCAAAUCGUGUUGCUAUAAAAAGUAUUAAAUGUUAAAACAAUCACAGUCCAGCCAUUAAAAAUGAAAUUGAAAUACUCAAGAGACUCAAAUAAACAAAUACAUUAAAUAUCUUAGAAAUCAAAGAAGUAUACAAAGAUGAACACAAUUAUUAUAUUGUUACAGAAUACUUACCUGGAUCCAAUCUAAAAUAACAUCUUGAACGUAGAAAUAAACCCUUUUCAAUAUAAGAAGCCUUGUGUAUAGUGGAAGUAAUGUUUAAAUUUAUUUUAGUCACUCCUAAAAGGAUUAUAAAGCAUUCAUUAAAAUGGUAUAAUUCAUAGAGAUCUCAAACCAGCAAAUUUAAUAUAUCACAAUAAUUAAAUCAAAAUAAUUGAUUUCGGUUUAUCUUGUUUUAAUGGUAAAUAACUUGAAUAAUAUCCUUCUUGUGGUACUGCUGGAUAUUCUGCCCCAGAAGUACUUAAUGUUUGGAAUAAGAAACAAGCUUAUGAUUAUAAAGUAGAUAUUUUUAGUGUUGGAUGCAUUCUAUAUCAAUUAUUGACUUUAGAUGGAUUAUUCAAUAGUGAAAAUGAAAAGGCAACUUAUAGAAAUAACAAAACAUGUUAAUUCACAAUUAAGGAAAAGGGUUCAGUUUUUGAUUUAGUAUAACUCUUUGUGAAAGCAGAACCACAAUAAAGAUUAGAUUGUUGUUAAGCUAUGGAAGCUGUUUAAGCUUUACAUGAUUAUAAAUAUUUUGAUGUGAAUACAUGGUACAACAACAAAGUUAAAUAUAAUUAGAAAGGGAGAUCUCAAUGUGAAUUAAAUUAAGAACCUUAAACUAAAUUAUCAAGAUAAUGUAGUCUGACAAAUUUUAAAUAUAAUGAACCUUAGAUUUAGACUGAAAGAUAAAGAAAUUAACCAAAAAAAAUUGAAUAAAAUUGA